AAAAAUCAGGAACUAUUGUGUCGAGUCUUUUAACGUUUUUCUUUAUGGUUACUUCAGACACUUCUAUUCCCGCACCUCCUGCCAAAGUUGAUUUCCUUAUAGUGGGUGGUGGACCUGUAGGUUUAUUAGCAGCCAAUUUGGCUGUUCAAGCAGGAUUCACUGUUCGUAUUUUAGAUAUCGAGAUGGAACCUAACCAUUGGGGUCGUGGUGACUGGAUUCAUGGACGUACGAUUGAGCUGCUAGAAAGAGCAGGCUUGGAAUCCGAAUUAUUAAAGACGGGUGUCAAGGUAGAGAAACUGACAUCGUAUAUGAAUGGUCAACUUCAAAAAGAAAUUCCAUUUGUUCCAGAAGAAACGGAAUCAAAACACCAAUAUUUGCUUUGUGUGGGUCAACAUAUUACAGAAUCCAGCCUUCAAAACAAAUUAGCUCAGUUUGAUGUUCAGGUGGAACGUCCUUGUACGGUAGUCAAUAUGGACCGAGAUGAAGAUGAACAUGCAGAAUAUCCCAUCAAGGCUACCGUGGUGCACCUUGACCAAAGAAAAGGGUCCGAACUAGUCCAGUGUAAAUAUUUGCUUGGCUGUGAUGGUGCUCAUAGCGAUAUUCGUCAACAAUUGGGUAUCAAGAAUGAAGGCGAAACAAGCGAGACACAUGCUGGUGUACUAGACGCUUUGAUCAGAACCAACUUUGCUAGUCGAAAAGAAGUUUGUAUUGUACAAAGUGACCAUGCUAAAACGAUCAGUAUGUUUCCACGUGAAAAUGGCUUAACGCGUAUCUUUGUCCAUUUCAACGAAAACGAACAUGAACUAAGAAAAGAGCAACAUAAUCGAAACAAGAUUCAAGUCGAAGAUAUUCAAAGAGAAGCCAAGCGCGCUUUAUUGCCUCAUCGUAUUGAGUUUUUAGGUAUUUUGUACUGGACAGUGUAUGUUGUCGGACAACGUUAUGCUUCCCGGUUGAAUUCGGAAGACCAUCGCGUGUUUCUUUGUGGUGAUGCUGCUCAUUCUCAGAGCCCAACACUUGGUCAGGGUGUCAAUACUGGGUUUGGCGAUGUGUUCAAUUUGAUUUGGAAGAUCUGUAUGGUUGAAAAGGGUCAAUUGAACCGUAAAUUCCUAUCGACUUACCAUUCAGAACGAUGGCUUGUGGCUCAAAACGUAUUGAACAUUGAUAAAGUAGCAGCCAAAGCUGCAGCAGGUCAUCAAGCAGCCGAUUAUUGUGAAGUCGUCGAAAAGAACCGCUUGUUUACUUCAGGCUUUGGUAUUCAAUACCCUUAUGAUCCUAAAGAACAAGUGUCGUUACUUUGGUCACCUGACGAUGAUAAACCAGAUGAAGGCAUCGACCUUAACAGUGCUAGUUAUGUGAUGCAGCCGGGUAUGCGUGCUCCCAAUUUCAAAGUAUUUGGCUUCAAGUCUGGCAAGAAGACUCGGUUGUUUGAUGCAAUUGCCAAGAAUGAUCAAGUACCUGACUGGCUUACGUUUACUUUAUUUGUGCUGGCUCAUGACUUGCGUUCCACCCAUGAAGCAGUUGCCAAGUUCUUGAAUGAGACAAGCAAGGCCACUGUUCGUUUACCACCUACCAAUGUAGUUGUGAUCACUACCAGUACAGCUGAUCAAGUGUCUGCAUUCAAGGGAUUACUGGAUAAUGACCGUAUCGUGAUUGACAAGUUGAACCAAGCACAAUGUCAUAGAACUUAUGAUAAAAAGGUAGACGGUACUCUAGCUGACGAUGAAAAGAUUCAUGUUGCUGUUGUAAGACCUGAUGGAUACAUUGGGACCAUUGUCAGAAGUGACGAUGGUACUCUUUUAAGUGAUAAGGUGUGCCAAUAUUUCUCCAACAUCAUGUAGUAUAAACAGUACAUAUAUAGUAUAUAGAAUCCUCUUCCUCUUCAGAUAAAUAAAUCUGGCUUAUGUAUACAUUAUUUUUGCUUACAAAAGGACUUGUUUACUUGUUGAUCUAGCAGAAGCUGCUAUAAAUGAAAGAAGAGGAUCUGUUUUCU